AUGUGGAACAGAGCUCCAGCUUGUCGACGUGAACUCAAAUCAAACCUGAAGAAGAAGUUCCAGUGUUUGUUUGAGGGUGUGGCUAAAGCAGGAAACCCCACCCUUCUGAAUGAGAUCUUCACAGAGCUCUACAUCACAGAGGGAGGGAAUGGAGAGGUCAAUGAAGAACAUGAGGUCAGACAGAUUGAAAGAGCUUCCUGGAAACCAGACAGACCAGAAACAUCCAUCAGACAAGAAGACAUCUUUAAAGCCUCAGCUGGAAGAGACGGACCAAUCAGAAGAGUGAUGACAAAGGGCGUGGCUGGCAUUGGGAAAACAGUGUUAACACAGAAGUUCACUCUGGACUGGGCUGAAGACAAAAGCAACCAGGACAUACAGUUCAUGUUUCCCUUCACCUUCAGAGAGCUGAAUGUGCUGAAAGAGAAGAAGUUCAGUUUGGUGGAACUCAUCCAUCACUUCUUCACUGAAACCAAAGAAGUAGGAAUCUGCAGGUUUGAAGACUUUAAGGUGGUCUUCAUCUUUGAUGGUCUGGACGAGUGUCGACUUCCUCUGGACUUCCACAACACUGAGAUCCUGACUGACGUCACAGCGUCCACCUCAGUGGACGUGCUGCUGACAAACCUCAUCAGGGGGAAACUGCUUCCCUCUGCUCGCCUCUGGAUAACCACACGACCUGCAGCAGCCAAUCAGAUCCCUCCUGACUGUGUGGACAUGGUGACAGAGGUCAGAGGGUUCACGGACCCACAGAAGGAGGACUACUUCAGGAAGAGGUUCAGAGAUGGGGAGCAGGCCAGGAGGAUCAUCUUCCACAUCCAGACAUCACAAAGCCUCCACAUCAUGUGCCACAUCCCAGUCUUCUGCUGGAUCACUGCAAAGGUUCUGGAGAACAUGCUGAAAACCAGAGAUGGAGGAAAACUGCCCAAGACCCUGACUGAGAUGUACAUCCACUUCCUGGUGGUUCAGUCCAAAGUGAAGAAGGUCAAAUAUGAUGGAGGAGCUGAGACUGAUCCACACUGGACUCCAGAGAACAGGAAGAUGAUUGAGUCUCUGGGGAAACUGGCUUUUGAGCAGCUGCAGAAGGGAAACCUGAUCUUCUAUGAAUCAGACCUGACAGAGUGUGGCAUCGAUAUCACAGCAGCUUCAGUUUACUCAGGUGUCUUCACUCAGAUCUUUAAAGAGGAGAGAGGCCUGUACCAGGACAAGGUCUUCUGCUUUGUCCAUCUGAGUGUUCAGGAGUUUCUGGCUGCUCUUCAUGUUCAUCUGACCUUCAUCACCUCUGGAACAAAUCUGGUGUCAGACGAACCAACAACGAGCCAGUGGUCCAUACAAACAAACAAACCUGAACUAAAUCAUCUGCACCAGAGUGCUGUGGACGAGGCCUUACUUAGUCCAAAUGGACACCUGGACUUGUCCCUCCGCUUCCUCCUGGGUCUUUCACUGGAGAACAAUCAGAAGCUCUUAAGAAGUCUACUGACACAAACAGGAAGUGAUUCACAGACCAAUCAGGAAACAGUUGAGUACAUCAAGAAGAAGAUCAGUGAGAAUCUGUCAGCAGAGAGAAGCAUCAAUCUGUUCCACUGUCUGAAUGAACUGAACCAUCGUUCUCUUGUGGAGGAGAUCCAAUGGUUCCUGAGAUCAGGAAGCCUGUCCACAAAGACACUGUCUCCUGCUCAGUGGUCAGCUCUGGUCUUCAUCUUACUGUCAUCAGGAAAAGAUCUGGAAGAGUUUGACCUGAAGAAAUACUCUGCUUCAGAGGAGGCUCUUCUGAAGCUGCUGCCAGUGGUCAAAGCCUCCAACAAAGCUCUACUGAGUGGCUGUAAACUCACAGAGAGAAGCUGUGAAGCUCUGUCCUCAGUCCUCAGCUCUGUGUCCUCUCGUCUGAGACACGUGGACCUGAGUAACAACGACCUGCAGGAUUCAGGAGUGAAGCUGCUGUGUGAUGGACUGAAGAGUCCUCACUGUUCUCUGGAGACUCUCAGACUAAGUGGCUGUUAACUCUCAGAGAGAAGCUGUGAAGCUCUGUCCUCAGUCCUCAGCUCUGUGUCCUCUCGUCUGAGACACGUGGACCUGAGUAACAACAACCUGCAGGAUCCAGGAGUGAAGCUGCUGUGUGAUGGACUGAAGAGUCCUCACUGUUCUCUGGAGACUCUCAGAAGUCCUGGUACUGGGUACAGAACAGUCCUGGUCCACUUCAAACAGCCUCCUGAAACUGAACUGGAACUGGACACAAACACAAUGAACAGAAAACUCAAACUGUCUGACGACAACAGGAAAGUAAACCUUGUGAGAGAAGAUCAGUCGUAUCCUGAUCAUCCAGACAGAUUUGAGUUCUGGUUUCAGCUGCUGUGUAGACCUGGUCUGACUGGUCGCUGUUACUGGGAGGUCGAGUGGAGAGGAGAUGUUUAUAUAUCACUGAGUUACAGAGGAAUCAAGAGGAAAGGCAACAGUUCUGACUGUUUGUUUGGAGAUAAUGAUCAGUCCUGGAGUCUGAUCUGCUCUGAUGGUCUUGGUUACUCUGUCCGUCACUGUGGGACACAAACACCCAUCAUGUCCUCUGUCUCUCACAGAGUAUCAGUGUAUGUGGACUGUCCUGCUGGGAAUCUGUCCUUCUACAACGUCUCCUCUGACUCACUGAUCCACCUCCACACCUUCAGGACCACAUUCACUGAACCGGUUUACCCUGGGUUCCUGGUCUGUCGUGGUUCCUCAGUGUCUCUGUGUCCUCUGUAGGACAUGAAGAGACAGCAGCUUCAGUGGUGGACGAGGUCAAAGCUCGUCUCAGUCAUUCUUUGUUGAAACCAUCAAUAAAUAAAGACUUAAAAAAUCAA